GAGCUCUGUGUUUUUGGGUGUGUUUCAUUCAGCUCUGGUUUGAAUCACUGCUCUUGAUCUAUUGCUUCACUUCCUUAUCGGGACUUUUGAUUUUCCCGCUUCAACAGAUGAGCCGUUGAUCACGCGCACAGAUUGGACCAAUUAGCGCUGCCCACACGCCGGCGCUGGCUUUAUAAGACUGGUGACGGCACGCUCAAACUCACAACUCUUUUCCCAGAAGGAAGCUGAUAGUCACUAAACAUGGCUAGAACAAAGCAGACCGCCCGUAAAUCCACCGGAGGAAAGGCUCCCAGAAAGCAGCUGGCCACCAAAGCUGCCCGUAAGAGCGCCCCGGCCACCGGUGGCGUGAAGAAACCUCACCGCUACAGGCCCGGUACCGUGGCUCUGAGGGAGAUCCGCCGUUACCAAAAAUCUACGGAGUUGCUGAUCCGCAAGCUACCCUUCCAGCGCCUGGUCCGGGAGAUCGCUCAGGACUUCAAGACAGACCUGCGCUUCCAGAGCUCUGCUGUUAUGGCUCUGCAGGAGGCGAGCGAGGCAUACCUGGUCGGUCUGUUCGAGGACACCAACCUGUGCGCCAUCCACGCCAAGAGGGUCACCAUCAUGCCCAAAGACAUCCAGCUUGCCCGCCGCAUCCGCGGAGAGAGGGCUUGAGCUGAGACCAGUUUAUACACAACAACGGCUCUUUUAAGAGCCACACACAUCUGAAGAGCUGACCCUCUGUCAUAUUUAUCAAAGUCAAUAACUGAUUUCGAAAAUCUUAAAUUCGCUGUUACAAACCGUGAGAGUGUAUGGGAAAA